UCCCAGGGGGCUGGGGGCUCUCGGGUGAGCUGCAAGCCUCCCUCGUCCUGGUGGGUCCUGGGUUUCCCACUGACUAUAUCCCUGCUCCCCCUCUCAGCGUGAAUCUGAGCCAACUGUCCAUGGGACUGAGGUCCCCAUGUGCAGGGCUCCCCGGACAGGAGUGAGGAGGAAGGGGAGAAAGCGCUCGGUACGAGUGGAACCAACUCCAAACACCAGCCGGAGCACUUCUGAGGCCACCCUCCCUCCCGAGGACGCUGACCAGCCCACCACGGGCCAGCGGCUCCCCCGGUGAGCACCCAACCCCUCCUCGGCACAGUCGGGCCACUGCCCACAGCCCGCUGUGUGUCCUGAGUGUCCCCACGUGUCUGAGCCACAGCGUGCUCCUCUGACGGGCAGGGUGGCUGGCGAUCAGCCUGUUAGGGUGCCCAUGGGGAACUCAGGAGGAGCCUUAGAGGGGCUCCCAUGGCACCCAGCAGUGCAGAGAGGGCUGCCGGCCAACCUGGGCCACUUUGGGGCUUACUUCUCUGUACCCGAUGAAAGCCUUUGGCCUCACCCGUCAGUGGCCUGGAGCCUGGCUCAUUUGGAAAAGCACAUGGGAAGCAGCCUUUGGAACGGAGGCUCGCGAUUCCCUGUGUUUGGGCCGGGUCCUUGUCCUCACUGUGGCCACAUGAGGGACCUCUGGGGGCAGGAGAGGGGUACCUGGACAGGUUCUGGUAGGACUUCCUUAAGCAACAAUAGCUAUGCAGGGCCCACUUUGUGCAGACCCUUUGGGGACACUUAGCAUAACUGAGUGAAGGAAGCAGACACAAUACUGGGACCCCAUCCCGGGUGGACUCGGGCAGUCACUUCAGACGUCAUCCGCAGGUCACGGCCAGGGAGUGUCACAAGUGAUGCCGUCACGGCCUCCUCAAGCAACAGGGGGCAUGACGAGGGGCCAGAGGAGGAACUGAAAAUCCGCAGGAUGGGACGGGCUAGGCGCCUUGCCUGGGAGCCCGAGCAUGUGCCCAGUGACCUCCAUGGCAGCCAGCCUUCAUCCACCCUGGAGGGUCAAGUCCUCCACCACUUGGUCCAGGAGGAGCACCUGGGGCCCACGGUGACAGAGCUGGAAGACCCACGGCAGAGGCAGCUGGCCCCAGAGACACAGGGAGGGCCAGCUUCGUGGCAACAGCGAGUCCAGGAGCUCCCUGAGACCCCUGUGCUGGAGCGACGGCCGGUGUCACCUGCCUCAGCCCCUGCAGAGCUGGAGGAUGUCCCAGCAGUGGCCUCAGCCAUGGAGCUUGUCCCAGAGCUGGAGCCCCAUGAGCCGUCGGGCCUGGGGCCCAUGGCACCUGCAGCAAUGGCACCGGGCCUAGUAGAGCCAGACCCGGGCCCGGAGCCUGCCCACCCCUGUGCUGCGAGCACCCGGGAUGUGACGAGAAAGGAGGAGCGGACCAUCCUGGGGUUUCCCUUCUGCCUGGUGGCCGAGCAGCUGACCCUGGCCUUUGCGACGCUGUACAGCAGGAUAAACUAUUCUGAAUGCAAGGCCUACCUACAGAAGCAGUCACGGACGGGAGACAUUGAGCACCUGGCCCCCACCAUGCAUAGGGUCCUGACGGAAUUUAACACCUUGGUAGAGUUGGUCACCACUACCUGCCUCAGGACCCCAAGCAUGACAGCCCAGGAUAGGGCCCGAGUGGUGGAGUUCUGGAUCCGGGUUGCCAAGGAGUGUCAGGUCCUCAGGAAUUUCACGGCCCUUCGUGCCAUUCUCUUGGCCCUGCAGAGUCGUGCCUUAGGUCGCCUGGAAAGGACCUGGGGACAUGUUUCCUGGUGGAGCACCAGGAUGUAUAAAAACCUGAGAAGGAAGGUCAAGUGGAUUACCAGGAAGCGUCUCCUCAAGGUAAAUGGGGGCUGGAGGUCUGGAAGGGAGGGGUCCUCGGGGCAAGUCCUCUGCCGCGCUGUGGCACAACUUUGGGGAGGACUCCAGGUGUUGGGGGUGAGAGGGGGAAGCUGACGGGGAAAGUAGGAUCUCCCAGGCCCCCGAGG